UGCAGAGAUGUCGACCCUGCUGAUGGCGCUACUUCUGGCCUGAAGCAUGUUCUGCUACCUGUUCGACAUAUAUGCACGGUGACCAUUUAUGCCUGUCAGCAUCGGCAGAGAUGACUCGAGCAUUGCAGUAACGACUGGACAACAGUACUCGGCCCACGACCAUGAAGGCCAUGAACAACAUGAAUUGAAGGAUCUUCGAAGUGCACAGUCGCUACAAAAUGCUCCAGGGACGAACGAUGACUCAAGCGUUAACAAUGCGCCUAGUCGUGGCCCAGACCGCCUGCGAGCUCGAAGCCGUUCGCUUUCGCGGUCUCGCUACGUGCCAAUUCCUGCAGCCCGGGAUCAUCUUGCCAACGAACGCGUCUUUCUCGCUUACAUCAGAACAUCAAGUGCAUUCGCGAAUUUUGGGGUUGCAAUCCUUCAGCUUUACAGGCUGAAGCACAGCGCAGCACCAGCGGGCAAGCUGGGCGACUAUAUUCUUGGAGUUCCGCUUGCGACCGCAACACUUCUGAUCGCGAUAAUCCUCGCGAUAACAGGAGCGGCAAGGUUCUUCAUCUGCGAAAACGCCAUGCUGCAAAAGAGAAUCGUUGGAAGCGGCUCGGUAGUUGUAGUCUUCAUCAUUCUCACAGCUCUUCUGCUCCUGGUGCUAUUCAUAUUCACCAUUAUCGUCAAUCCUGAUUAUUAGCGAACCAUCCUUGAAGCUGCAUCAUAAUCAUUGAAGGGCAAGUGUAGACGAGGCUACAGCCUUGUGGUCUGUGGUUGGCCAGCACAAAUUUCUUGGCGGUUC